AUGGCUCUUGUUCGAGACCCAUAUUUCUGGAAACGGUUCUCAACUGCAGUCCACAUGGACGAAGAGUCAAAAGCAAUUGACCGGGCACAAGCAAAACAGGAUGCGGCAUCAUGGCUUACCCGCGAAAGAAUGAAGAGCAAGCGUUCGAUCAUUUGCGGCUUCAUCAUUUUUUUCGCCGUCGUGCUCGUCAUCGUUGUCAGCGUGGUCCUAUGGUGGCUUGCUAAGAACAACUGGCUCCAGCCUCAUCCGGAUACUGCUCAAUAA